AUGGCCUUUCAUGUUGCUUGCCCAGUUACUUGUCGAAGAAUCUGCUACUGUUCGCUGGGGUUUCCAAGGAAGACACAGGGCGAGAAGCCGAAGACUGACUUCUUGGAGGUAAUAUCUAGGGUUGCGGACUUUUUGAAGGACCCGUGGUUUAUUAAGGCUAGGGAGCAAAACGACACCGUACAGGUCAAGGUUCCGAAGGUGGUUGUUGUUCCGCCGCCACCGGUUGUGCCGGCUGUGGGGGAUGGAGGCGGCGGUGGAGGUGAUGGAGAGGAGUUGUUGUCGGCGCAGACUAAGCGGGCCACGAUGCAGAGGAAAGCGUCUGCGGCAUCAGUGGUGGCCGAGGAUUUCGCUCGCCGAUUCGAGUCCGGUGACCUUGUGGUGAGGUUUUCUGCUUUUCAUUUGUUGUUAAUUCUCAACUAA